AUGACUGAAUUUUCUGAUCAGAGAAGUCAGACAAAGUCACAUUUAAGAGAUAAGAGCUUUGUAUGUAUAACUUUAAUAACAUCAAAAACAGUAAAUAUGAGCACGGAUACGUUACAGCAUCCUAAUUUAAUUAUCCGAUCACAACCACAGAUCAAAUGUGAGAUGAAUAAUAUUAGUAGGAAUAUGAGUAAUCAACCAACUAAUAAUGGACAGCCAUUCCAAGUUAUAUUGCCACCUGGUAUAAAUCCAGCACAACAGCAAGUUAUUUUUAUUCAGAAUCCCGCAACAAGUGUUGGUAGUUCCCUACCAAGUAAUCAAAACAAUUCUACUGGAGCACAACAAGUAUUUUUUGUAGCUCCACAAAAUAUGAUACCACAAAAACAACAGUUCACAUUCAUUCCUGUACAAAUGAAUGUGUCUAAUGAAGUUGAAGGACCAAAUCAAAUAAACGGUCAAGUAAUUACUCAUCAACAAAAUGAAGUAAACAGUCAAAUAAAUACUCAACUUAUAUCAGUUAACGGGUCUUUAAUGGCAGUACAGCCGGAUUACAUCCAAGAUGCUCCAAAUCAAAUAAAUUCUCAUCAACAAUUAAAUUCAAAUCAACAAAUUAUGAUACAUCAAAAUAAUCACGGAUCUCCAAUGAUUAAACAAGAAGUUAUUUAUAGUAGCACAUCAUCCAACAAUAGUAAUCAAAAUUUUAAUAGAAAUACUAUUAGCCAGCAACCAAUUAUUUUACAACAAAAUAAUAGACAACAAGUUCAGAUACAACAACAAAAUCAGGGAAAUAAUCAUUCAAUUAAUCAGAAUAAUAAUCAACCAAUUCAUGUUCAUUUACAAAGUCAAAAAUCUGCUAGUCUCGUACUUCCUAAUCAACAAACAAUUACUUUAGGUAAUCUUCAUUUUCGUCAAGAUCCAACUGAUCCACAAAAAUGGAUAAUUACAAAUGAAGCUGGUCAAUCUCCAAUAACUGCUGCUACAAUAGCUGCCUCAAUGAAUAUUAAUAAUAGCAUAAGUCAACCUAAAAAUGAAACAAACAAUAAUAACAGUAGUACAAUAACAACUGUUAAUGGGAGAAAAAUUUCAAAACGAUGUGCCUGUACAUGCCCAAAUUGUAUUAAUAGUGCUAACAUGCCUAGAGGUGAAAGACCUAGAGUUCAUAUAUGCCAUUUAUGUAAUAAAACAUAUAGUAAGACAAGUCAUUUAAAAAGUCAUUUACGUAGUCAUUUUGGUGAUAAACCAUUUGUCUGUGAUUGGCAAAAUUGUACAAAACGUUUUACUAGAAGUGAUGAACUUCAACGUCAUAGACGUAUACAUACUGGAGAAAAGAAAUUUUCAUGUGAAAUAUGUGAUAAGAAAUUUAUAAGAAGUGAUCAUUUGAGUAAGCAUUUACGAACGCAUUUCAAUUCAAAUAGAAUUAAUAAUAGGAAACCUCAGGAUAAUAAAGAAAGUGCUGCUAAAUUAAAUGCAACAAUAGAUAGUGUAUUAAAUAGUCAGGUCCCUUGGAAUGGUGUAUAA